CACUGUGUUUUGACAGCCGCUGUAGCACUUGUAUGUUGUGUUGUUGCAAAAGAAAAUUUUAGUAUCUUCUAGAAAAUAGUUAAAAUGUUUAGUUAAUAACUGUGUUUGAUUUAUUUUCGCAAUUAAUUUAUUAAGUUGUAAGAGUUGGUGAUGUUUUUCUAUGUCAAGACACGUUAGUAAGAUUGGGGACCCUAGUCCUUUGAAGAGGUUGGACGAGCCACAAAUAUCGAAAAAAAUACGAUUAGAAAUAGAAGUUGAUGAAAACAUGAGCGACAAUUCGCCGGACCGAAACAGAAGAGCAAAUUUUUCAAAUGUGAACGGCGUCAACAGGAAUUUAAACAUCCACUCGGUUAAGCCGACAACCAAAAAGCUCAUUAUAAAGAAUUUUAAAAGUGAACCAAAGCUCCCUGAUGACUACAAUGAAACGACUUGGAAGAAACUCAGCAGUGCUGUUAUUGCUAUUCAGCAAUCAAAACCCAAUGAAUAUCUCCUCGAAGAGCUGUACCAAGCCGUGGGCAACAUGUGCAGUCAUAAAAUGGCUUCAGAACUUUACAAGAACCUGUUCGAACUCAUCGACGCUCACGUGCGUAGCAAUAUCGAGAAGUUCAAAACGGAAACAAUGGAUAGAUUACUAUUCUUGAAGAAAAUGAAUGACACUUGGCAAUCUCAUUGCAAUCAAAUGAUCAUGAUACGAGGUAUUUUUCUUUGUUUAGAUCGCACAUAUGUCUUGCAGAACCCAAACAUUUCUUCAAUUUGGGACAUGGGCUUAGAUUUGUUUCGUAAAUACUUCAUGUUGCAUACAUUAGUGCAAACUCGUGUGGUGGAAGGUUUACUCAUGUUGAUAGAACAGGAAAGACAAGGCGAUAAAGUCGACAGAAUCUUACUUAAAUCUCUUUUACGUAUGCUAACAGAUUUACAAAUUUAUAACAAAGCUUUUGAACAGAAAUUUCUACAAUCGACUGAACGUCUUUAUGCUGCUGAAGGUCAGAGGCUUAUGCAAGAACUUGAAGUGCCUGAGUUUUUGGCUCAUGUAGAUAAAAGAAUUCAUGAAGAAAACGAACGGGUUUUACAUUAUCUAGACUCUAGUACAAAGUAUCAGUUAAUUCAUACUGUAGAAAAACAGCUGCUUAGUGAACAUAUUAAUAAUAUUUUACAAAAGGGGCUUGACAAUCUGCUCGAGGAAAAUCGUCUACAUGAUUUAUCUCUUCUGUAUCAACUGUUUAGUCGGGUUAAAAACGGCCUGCAGGAACUUUGCCACGCUUUUAACGCUUUUAUUAAAAAACAAGGACGCACUAUUGUUAUAGAUCCUGAAAAGGAUAAAACUAUGGUUCAAGAACUACUUGAUUUUAAAGAUGCUAUGGAUAAUAUUGUUGCUAGCUGCUUUAAGAAGAAUGAAAUGUUUAGCAACUCACUCAAAGAGGCGUUUGAACACUUCAUCAACCAAAGGACUAACAAACCAGCUGAACUCAUAGCAAAGUUUGUGGACUCUAAGCUACGCGCUGGCAACAAAGAGGCUACAGAAGAAGAACUGGAACGUCUUCUGGACAAAAUAAUGGUAUUGUUUAGGUUCAUCCACGGCAAAGAUGUGUUCGAGGCGUUCUAUAAAAAAGACUUAGCGAAAAGAUUGUUGGUGGGUAAAUCAGCUAGCGUGGAUGCUGAGAAAAGUAUGUUGAGCAAAUUAAAACAAGAGUGCGGUGGAGGCUUUACAUCGAAAUUGGAAGGAAUGUUCAAAGAUAUGGAGUUGAGUAAAGACAUAAAUGUAGCUUUCAAGCAACAUUUGAACAUAAACACACCCGAAUUGAUGCCCCUUGAUAUGACUGUGAAUAUUCUCACCAUGGGAUAUUGGCCAACUUAUUUGCCCAUGGAUGUAACGUUGCCUGCUCAAAUGGUCAAAUUUCAAGAUAUUUUUAAGGAGUUUUAUUUGAGUAAACACAACGGGAGGAAGUUGCAGUGGCAACCCACUCUGGGACACUGUGUUUUGAAAGCUAGAUUUAAAGCGGGGCAAAAGGAAUUGGUUGUGUCACUAUUUCAAACACUCGUAAUACUCCUGUUUAAUGAGUCUGACGAACACGGUUUUGAGUAUAUUAAAGCAGCUACUAAUAUAGAGGAUGGCGAGUUGAGGAGAACUCUACAGAGUUUAGCCUGUGGUAAAGCCAGAGUUCUUAACAAAAUACCCAAAGGUAGAGAAAUUGAAGAUAACGAUAAAUUUAAAUUCAAUAAUGAUUUUGUAAAUAAGUUGUUCCGCAUCAAGAUUAAUCAAAUACAAAUGAAGGAAACCACGGAAGAGCAGAAAGCCACUGAAGAGAGGGUAUUCCAAGACCGCCAGUAUCAAAUUGAUGCCGCCAUUGUUAGAAUAAUGAAAAUGCGGAAAACUCUUAGUCAUAAUUUGCUCAUUAGUGAACUUCUGGGGCAGCUUAAAUUUCCUGUUAAGCCUUCUGAUUUGAAGAAACGUAUCGAGUCUCUGAUUGACAGAGAUUACAUGGAGCGUGAUAAAGAUAAUUCCAAUCAAUACAAUUAUGUUGCUUAAAUUAUUUUAUUAGUAUCUUUAUUUGCAAGUCCAUGUAUUAUUAUGUUUGUCUUUAUCAAUUUAAUAUCUCCAUUGAAAAUAUUCAAUUCAGUUCUAGUCCAGACUUCCUGGCUUGUAAAUAAUCAUCGUGAACUCUCUCAACUGAUAGAAAAUUGAUUUUUUUUUUUUUUUCAUAAGGAGACUUAGCGGAAUACAUGUGUUUUCGAGACGCUUGUAAAUAUAUUCUGUUCUUUAAAUUCAAUUCUCAAUAUAUUGUAAAUAUAAAUAUGUAAAUGUAAAAAUUAAUUAUGUAUGUGCUUUUACAAUUUGUCUCGGUUUACAGUGUACUUUUUUUCUUUUGUAAUUUAAAUAAAAAAUUACAUGGAUUGAAAA